AUGGCAAGGAAAUUGAGGCCAUAUACUUUGCUUCUGAGUCUGGAGGAGUCAAAUGCCGCAGAGUUGAAUUCUAUUAGAGCCAUCAUCAAAUGUGUAGAAGAUCACCGACUCGAGCCAGAGUUCUCUCUUGAUAGUUUACGCAAACGAGCUAGUCAGCUGGAGACAGCUAAAGCAGAAAAGAAAAAGAGUUCAGCAUCCACCACCAAGCCUCAAAACAAACGAAGCCAUGGUGCUGUUGUUGGCCGAAGCGGUGGACCUCUUUUCCGUCCUGCCAAAGCUGCUAAGUUUUCAAAUGCUUAUCCGUCUUUUGCUCGCAGAAAUGCAGGUCCACCCAUGCAGCAUGGGCCUGCCGGGAGAUACGCGGCACCAUAUACCUAUCCUGGCCAGAGUGUAUAUGAAGGUGCAAGUACCUAUGCAUCCACAUAUGGUGGGACCCCCUCACAAAGUCCUGCUGCAAUUUCUCAACAACAUUACUCGGUACCUGUUGAAAAUGUGAGCACAACUGCCCCUGGGUACCGGGUUGGUGGUUCUUAUGGCGGCCAAGCUAGCUAUGGUUCGUAUGAUUAUGGCUCUGCCGCUCCAGCCACCUACCAACCACCACCAUAUGGUCAAUAG